AUGGAGGAGGAAGACGUGGACUGGUUCGAGGUGCUGCAGCCUUGCGCCAUCCGCCGGGCGCCGCGCUGGGACGCGGCCGCCUGCGGCGAGCUGCGACCUGGCCAGCGCAUCCAGGUGUCGUCUGAGCGCAAGGGCCACUGGGCCAGGCUCACCAUGCUGGAGAUGUGGCUCUCCAGCACGGAGAAGAAGAAGCAGGGCUUCGUGCUGCUCCAAGAACCAGCAGGGCAGAUGCUCCGAGGGCCCCUGGCGGCCAAUGAGCAGCCGGGCGGAGACUGGGAGCAGAUGGCUGCGCUGCUUCGCUGGUGGCCGCUGGCAGGGACACCCCCGCUGCAGCCCGCCGUGUUCGGCGGGGCUUGGCUUUGUCACUGGAAGUCCGCGGAGGUGGAGUCCAUCCAGGCCACAUGGCUGCUGCAGGGGGAGGAGCUGGAGCUGGUCGGCCCGGAAGGCACCAAGGCCGGCGAUAUCUGCCGCUGGCUUGCUGCGGACAUCGGCCUCGGCACGGAGCACGACGUCGUGCUGGUGCAGGACCUGCCAGGCUUAGAUGCGUGCGGCGCCUUGCUGGAGCACACCGACAUGAAGACGGUGGGGCCCCGCCAAUUCUGCGCCUUGGCCCGGGCCCGGCCCCGGCUGCAUGUGGCGCUGGAAACCUCCGUGGCUCAAAAGGCCCAGGAGAGCGGCUGGGCGCUGAGGGCCUUCUGCGCUGUGGAUCGGCCCAUGCCCUCGGUCUUCAACGGCCAGAUCCCUGAGCGGGUUCUGGCGCCUUUCGAGGCGCUGAGCCAGCUGCUGGAACACAGCGGCGCUUGCGCCGUCGCACUUCUGCCAGCAGACCUGCCUUUGAAGGAGGCGGCUGCAGAAGCCUUGGCGCUGACGCCGUGUGCCAGGAGCCGCUGCCGUUUGAGCAGCCCCUCGCUGAAGGAUGACGCCCUCAGCACGGCGUUGGCUUCGCUGCAAUCCUUUGGGGCGGUCCAGCGGUUCGAGAUCAUGGGCCUGCGCAGUCCCCUGCUGUACUUGGCCCAGGAUGAGAUGGGCCCGGUGCUGGGCAUCCUCACCACCAAGGACGAAGGAGGCGAUGAGCCGCCGCCGCUGGCGGCAGGGCUGAAGGUCUCGCUGCAAGGCCUUUCUGGCUGCACCACGGUCAUCUCAGCAGGGCGUCAGUGGACAGUUGGGGAGCUGAAGGAUGCUGCUGCGUUGCCCAGGCACCAAAGUAGGUUGCUGCAGGGCAGCGCGAGCCUGCGGGACGAGCAGAUGCUCGGGGACUUGCUGCCAGAGGCGCAGGAGGAGCUGCUGCUGCGGCUGUUGCGGCUGGAUCCUCGCUGGGCAGAGGCCAUGGAAGAGGUGAAGGCGAACGCCCUGGCCUGGCAGUCACUGCCGCAGGACCUCAAGGAUGACCGUGACCUCACUCUGGCGGCAGUGACCCAGGAGCCUCAUUUGCUGGGGCAGAGCGCCUUUCUGGCGGAUGCUGAGCUGGUGCUUGCAGCCGCCAACAAGGACUCCGCGGUGCUACAGCUGGCCUCCCCAGAGCUCUGGGAGGAGAGCUUCAGCCUGCGCGCCGUGGCCUGCAGCGCCCGGGCGGCGCUGCCCUUCGCCCAGCUCUCGCGGCAGGUGGCGCAAGCGGCGGUGCGCCAGGACCCGCUGUCGCUGGGGCUGCUGCCGCCGCCGCUGCAGGAGGAAGUCUUGGAGGCGGCGCUGGACGCGGAGCCCAUGGCGCUGCAGUUCGCCCCCGAGGCCUUGCGGGACGACGCGGCGCUGCUGCGGCGGCUCGUGGCAAAGAACGGCCGGGCGCUGCGCUUCGCCUCCGCGCGGCUCCGCAACUCCAGGGACCUGGUGCUUUUGGCCAUCGCCUCGCACCCCGCCGCAGUCUUCUCCGCCAGCGAAGAGCUGCUCACGGACAAGGAGGUGCUGCUUGCUGCCAUGGAGCGCGACCCAAAGCUGGUCCAUCAGUUGGCACACUACGCAAGGAGGCACGCGUUGUCAGGAUCGCCUGAGCCGAGCAAGAAAAAGGAGUGUGGCAAAGAGAGCGCUUGCCACAUGCGCACGCGCUGUCAUCGGAGCGUCCUUCCAGCUGCGGCGACAAAGUUUCCUGAAGAAGGCGCUGUGGCAGGCUCUGGAGGACACAGGCCUCUACAUGGAGCGGCUCUCCCUCACGCAGCGCCCUGCGCCGGAGGGUUCCGAGGCGGGCCCGACUGGUUGAGGCGCCGACGAGCCUGGGUCCUGGGCUUCACUGCGGGCGCUGCCAAGCGCGCGGCAGAGCAGCAGAGGCUCCACGUGAAGCGAGAAUUUCAGAUGAACACCCCGGAGGGCUUGGCGAAGAGCUUUGUGCGCUGGGUGCCGUUUAGGGACACUGAGGCUGGCGAUGACUUUGACAUGUCCCAGGUGCUUUCGCUGCUGUACACCACAGCUUUCCAGGCGGUGCGCCCCAGGUCACAAACCUUCGACAAAGACUUGGAGGAGCUGCAGCUUCUUUGCGAGAGGCAUUCUGUCUUGUCGUUGGCUAUCCACGGCGGUAUCGUUUUAAAGGUCACCGCCUUGCAUGAGCCCCUCUACAGACGUCGCCUGAUGAUGCUGUGGCCAGACUUGCGCCACGGACUGCAGCAGUUGCCCACCGACAGCAUCAUGAGCUACUUUGGCAUCCACACUGCUGAGUACUUUGUCUUCCUCCACGAGUACGCCACUUGGCUGCUGCUGCCCGCUGCUUUGGGUGUGGCAGUGCAGGUGCUGAUGUGCUUCAGCGAAGAGAAGGUCACAGAGCAGCGCGCCUCUCAUGCCUUCAUGAUCUUCAUGGCAGUUUGGAGCACAGUCUUCAUCGAGCACUGGAAACGGUGCCGGUCCACCUUGCACCAUCAGCACGGCGCCAGGCAAGACAGGGCGGCCGAAGCGGAGUGUGAGGCUCCUGCUGACUACAGCGUGGACGCGGAGCGCUUGGCCCGCGCCUUCACGGAGUUCCCUUGCAAGGCCCAGGCACCAACGGCUGUGGUGGUCGAUAAGGAGAGUGGCUUGGAUGGUGUGUUUACGUUGCUGCGAUUCCUACGCAUUGUGGUAGCCAUGAGCUGCUUGGCCGCCACCAUCAGCGGCGUCAUCUUCCUGCUGCUGCGCCUGGGAGAGGUGGCAGAGCGCGAGUCAGACAACAUCCUGGUGCAGAAUGCUCCAGUCCUUCUGUAUCUCAUAGUUGUCACCUUGAUGGAGAGGCUCUACACCUCCCAGGUGGGACGCCUGGUGAGAUCGGAGCGCCACGUCUCUUUCGCAGAGCACUUGAAGUCCCUCAUGUCCAAGACCUUGUUCUUCCAGCUGGUGAACUACUUGGGCUGGUUCCUUUAUGUGGCGUUUUGCAUGCAAGACCUCGAGUACCUCAGGUCCCAGCUGCUGAUGUUCAUGACCGUGAAGCAGGUGGUGGCCCUGGCUCAGGAGCUUCUGAUCCCUGUGUUGCGGCAGCGCUCCAGGGCCGAGGGCUCCGUUCCAGCAGCCGAGGCAAAAAUGGAAAGGCGGCAGGAGGCCAGGACGGGCUGCCCAACGCUUCGGAGGAUGGGCACCAGCGCCGUGCUGGGUGACGGAACCUCCUUGCAAGAGGAUGUUGGCCGACAGCUGAGCCUAGACAAAACUGACCUCUGUGCGGAGUACCAGCAGCUGGUGGUGCUUUUCGCCCUCACAAACUCCUUCGCAAUCGCCUUUCCUUUGGGUCCUCUGCUGGCCUUGCUGCACACCUUCGUCUCCAGGAAGACAGAUGCCUACAAGUUCCUCAAUGUAAACAUGCUUGCACCGCCCUCGCCGGCGGACGGCAUCAUCUCAGACACCUGGGUGGAGGUCUUGGAGGCGCUGUCCAUCGUCUCGGUGAUGUGUAAUGUGGCAGUGCUGGGCAUCUCCGGAGACAGAUGGUCGGCAUUCUCUUUGAUCCUGCUGGAGCACGGUCUGCUCUUCUUCAAGGCCUAUCUUGCCUGGAGCGUGCCAGACCAGCCCGAGUGGAUCCGGAGAGAAGACGCCACCUUCCAGGCGCAGGAUGCGCAUGGCCUUCCGCGCUCGCGAAUGGAUGCCCUGCGAAGGAGUAAGGAGUGGCUCAGCUUUGGGGCUCAAAAUGAGGCUGCCAAGAUCGCCAUGGCACAGGAAGACGAGGAUGACAUUGUAACCAUCAACGUGCAGCACCUGAGUGGUGCUGCCACGCAGCUGGGCGUCCUCCGCAGCAGCAAUGUGCUGUUGCUGAAGACGCGGCUGGCGCGCAGCUGCAACGUGCCGCCUUAUGCGCAGAAGCUGCUGCAAGGGGGCAAGGAGUUGGACAACAGCCUCACAUUGCAAGACCUCUCACCAAACGAGACUAUCGAGCUGCAGUUGAUUUGUGUGCAGUGCAACAAAGAGGUGGGCCACCAGCUUAUCGACUGCGCCAGGUGGGGGAACCUCGCAGCGCUGCGGGAACUGCUGCUGCCAGCUCCCCCAGACCUGGACUUCGCCCGCCGCGAUGGGAUCACUGCGCUGCUGGCCGCAGCGUAUCAUGGCCGCUCCUGUGUGGUUCAGGAACUCGUAGCAGCUGGUGCCUCUCAGGAGAAGCCCAUGCCCAAUGGCGCCACGCCCAUGCACUUGGCAGCACAGCAGGGCCAUGUGAAGGUUCUCAGGUGCCUUUUGGAUUCUCGGGCCUCCGUGAAUAGCGUUGCAGCUGACGGACGGCAGCCUUUGCACGUGGCCUGCCAGAAGAAUUCCCUGGAGGUCAUCUCGUGGCUCCUGGCGUGCCGCGCGGAUGUGGACGCGAAGGGACACAAUGGCGUGACCGCGGCCUUCGUUGCCGCUCAGCAAGGCUUCCUGCCGGCACUUCGCCUGCUUUGCGAAGCACGCUGCUCGCCCGAUGUUCGUGAUCACAGUGGUACAAGGCUGCUGGACGUGGUUAUCCAGGAGGGCCACCUAGAGGUUCUUCAACUUUUGGUCAGAGAAGGCGCCCAGCUCACGCCCAAUCGGGUCGGCAGGACACCUUUGCACGUGGCGGCCUUCUCCGGAGAUUUGGACAUCGUGCGCUGGCUCUUAUGUCAAGGCCUUGCAGUGGAUGCACGAGAUAAUCACCAGCACUCGGCCCUGCAUUUGGCAGCACGCUUUGGCUACGAGGCAAUUGCCCGCGAGUUGUGGCAGUGGAAGGCAGAUUUGGAGGCGGUCGACAGAUGGGGGGCUACCCCUCUGCACACGGCUGCCUUCUGUGACCAGGAGGAUGUAGUGUGCUUCCUCCACAAGCAGCAAGUGGAUCUGAACUCCUCCAAAUGCGGCUUUACAGCCUUGCACCUCGCCGCACGCCAGAAUAAUCCUGCUGUGGUACAAGUUUUGUGUGACUUCGGCGCUGAUCUGCACAAGAGGGACAUCAAAGGUGCAAUGCCGGCUCAAACAGCAGCCGACCGCGGCCUGGAUUCGAUUGUGCAGUGCAUCCUGACUGCGGAGGCUCGCAAGGCCGCGUGCAAACUGCCGACAUGCUGAGCAGUGGGACGUUUUGCGGGGUGACAAGUGCAGUGUUUGUGGACCAGCAGAGUCUGCAGGAUAUUGGGGGC